AUGGACAGAGGGCAUGAUCUAGGUGGGUUGCGAUCAGAGCUGUUGCUUCCGAAAAGUUUUGAAUGUGGUAUUUCGGUGGACAAGAUGGGCAUUACAGUACGCGCCGCCUGUGGCAAACUCGAUAAGUUGGAAAACUUGAUCGUCGAACAACAUUUUUAGAAGGUUGGCCAUUACAACAGGUGCUCCUUUUGGACGGAAAAUGAGGGCAAGAGCGCGCCCAGUAGGAGUAAGUAUUGCGGGUGCAAGUAGGAAAGCGGCGAGUGUAUAGAUGAGAACCAGGCAGCUGGGGGCUGGAGGCGUAAGCCCCAAAGUUUCUGGACGGGGGGGGGUGACAACCAAUCCUGUGGCUGGGAAAUACUCUGGGGGCUAUCGAGCGAAAUCGUGGUGAUUGCAGCCGCUCCACAGGCGUUUGACAAUUGGAGUGACUAGAUUCAGAGUUCGAAAGCAAUGGGAGUGCGGAGCAGGAGACAGGCAGAGAGGAGGAUAGUGACAAUGCGGGUGGGAACGAGGAACGACAACGCAUUUAGAGGAGUUGGAACCAGGGUUCCAGGGACGACCUUAUGCUGGUUGGCUAUGCUACGUUUCGGGCGCAGGUUUGGGAUGUCGGUUCUUUGUUUGCCGGGUUUUGGCGUGAGCUUAGUGCCAUGUUUUAGCAGAACUAGUUUACUAGGUGAUGUUGGUGUUGGUGGUGGUGCUAUCCUUGUUGUUCACGUUGGUCGUGUUCCAAGGUAGUACAGUAUGCUUGUUGGUGUGGUAUUUGGGUUGACCACGUGCUACUCUUCGCGAUGUCGAUGUACAUUAUGAAGUGAAACCCGUCGCUACCUAGGACGGCGUGGUUUGUUUUCCCAUCAUUCCACGCCGAUAGAUGCCCCCGGUAGUUGGUGAUGAUAGUGGCAUGUGCCCGGAUGACGUACUACAACGGACGAAAGGUCCGGCACGACUUUCUUCGUCACGUGUUCGAGUUUCUUUACAACUGCGCGGGGAUUCCUCACAAGGCUAGCGAUAGGGCGGGUUGGUGGGUUGUCACACGGCACUUGCACGAUGACCGUGUGCAGCUCGGAGAAACCAGAGCGUUUACUCCAUGCGACCGCCAAUAGAGGGGUGUCUAGGCUAGUGGAUUUUGCUCGAGAGACACGCAGCAGCAGAGCGACGGGGGUGGAGUAAUAGUCGAAAGAUGUUUAGGUAGCAUUGCAGUAGAAGUCGCAGAUCAUUUAGUAGAGAGCGCGCGCACAUCUCUUAUGACCGUCGUCGUGUAGAAAGUUGACUUUUCCUUUCACACUUUCCCUUA